CCCUCCCUGCCCAAAAUGUUCUCAGCCCCACCGGCAACACCCUCCACUCACCACCCCUCCCCAGCACUCCUCCACCACCGCCACCGCCGCCACCACUACAACCGCCUCACAACCUUCGCAACUAAUGCGAGUCCUCCACCUCUUUUUCUUCCUCCACAACCUCCCAAAGCUUCACCCAAUGGAGGUUCUCUCUCCCGACAACACCUUCCACCACCACUACCACUACUCCUCCACCACAACAACCACCACCAACGCCACCACCGCUUCUACUCCCUCCGAAUCAAUGACAACGACGUCGUAGCGGACCCUCCAGCUGUUUCUCCCACAAGCCAACCACAUGAAUAUCAUGAUAAUGCGCAUGGAUCGGAACCAGAAGACGACGAAGAUGAAGAGGAUCAAGGCCAAGGCUGUGGAGUCAAAGAGGAUCUUGAUGAAAUCAAACAAACCCUAACUCGUCAAUUCUGGGGAAUGGCUAGUUUCCUCGCUCCUCCUCCACCUUCCAAUUCCAACCCUUCAUCUUCCCCUUCUCACAACCUCUACCAAGACUCUAUUCCCGAUCAUUCUCGGCCCGAUUAUUCCGACGUCGACCAACCUGAUCCUGAACCCAUCGGAUCCGAUUUCGGAGGGAACCACCGUGGGAUCACCGACGAGGUUUUGUCCUUCGCCUUCAAUAUCGCUAUGCAUCCCGAGACCUGGCUCGAUUUUCCUAUUGACAAGGAAGACGAUCCUCAAGAUUUUGACAUGUCCGAUGCACAACAAGAGCAUGCGGUGGCAAUUGAGAGACUUAUUCCUAGAUUGAAUGCACUCAGAAUUGAACUGUGUCCUUGCCAUAUGAGUGAAAGUUACUUCUGGAAAGUCUAUUUUGUGCUUUUGCAUUCAAGGCUUAAUAAAGAAGAUGCUUCCAUUUUGUCUACACCGCAGAUAACCGGCUCCGAAUCCGGCUCCGGAUUUGGAGCUGGUUGUGAGUUGACGCUCGGAGAGGUGAAAGAGUUCUUCAAAAUUGUUGGGAAGUAGAAGCGGUGGUGGCGU